CGCGGCCAAGAGCCUUGUCUUGAACUUCGUCCAUGCUAUCGUGGACACUGGCAGUUUUCAGUUUUCAUAGUCCUUUGUAUGCUCGAAUUACAGUCUCUUCAAUUUGAAGACGAAUACAACCAGUUCUGGAGCACCGCCCGCAGAUCAUCUCCUAUGCCAAUAAUGUUCACAAUGCCGAGGCUACCAUGCCUGACGCAUUACAACGCACAUCUUCUCAGAGCACGCCUGUCGUACUGUCCUCCCUCAGUCAAGGUUGGUCCCCAUGUUAUCGAUGGACAAUAAGCAGCUCUGUCAGGUCCAGAAGGUACACCCAUUCACUCUGAAGAAACACCAAGAAUAACCUCGGCAUCCCUUCCAAGUGCACGAGAGGUCAACCGAAAGUGCAUGCCUACGAACAGCUAGGCCAGACCGGGAAAUGCAUCCUGCUCAGGACGAUUUGAGGAACAGGAUAUGGCUUCCGGAUGUUCCGUGAAGCAGUUGGAUCAUGGACAUACGGACUCAAGGCUUAUCAAGUAUAGCACAGGUAUUUCGCGGAGGUUUCCGUUCUUGUUUCUACUUGGUCUAGAAGUUGCUGGAGCUGGAUCCAGCAUGAUUCAGACGUGCGUGUAUAAUCUGACCACCCGAACACGUACGGCUGAUUGUUCCUGCCGUUGUACAUGCAGGCUACUGGCCGGGAUAAUUCAUCUUUCCCGUACUCAAGAACAUGGAGAGGUGUUUUUGUACCGUUCAACAUGGCCCUAUGACAUUCUGCGAAGGCGUUAGAGGUUGGUGAUGUUGUGGAUCUUCCAAGCACUGGGGCGCUUGCCCUGUCACCUUCUGGCGUCAAUAUCAAACGUAUGGUUAGCACCCCGCGCAAAAGGUCGAAAGUGGCAGAUUCGGCCGCUGGUAUGGCUAUUGAUCUCUCAAGCAGCAAACCCCCUCAUUCAAGUCGUGAUCUCAUUGAAGUGGAGCAGCGUGGUACUAAUGGACAGCACUGAGAGAUUUUUGGAGCAGCUGGCUCUGGUACGAGCAACAAGACUGGAACUGAAGGACUGAAGCGAGCACAAUGGGGUGAGACGAGUACAGGUACCUUGUCCGAAGUAACAGCUUGAUUUGGACUCGCUCACGAAGGGGUUGAGUCGUCGACAAUAACAAUAAACCCAGAACAUGUGCUUGGAGCGCCCGUGCGAAACGGGUGAAAGUAUGCACGCUUGGUCCCAUGUGUUGCAACCUCACAGCUUGAGUUCAAAUAGCGUCCGACUCAACUCUCUCGGCCAACCGUUUCUCCACAUCACCGGACGGGCGACCGAGUACAUUCCACGCCGUUUGGGCUUUUCCGGGGCCACCUUGGUUGGCGACAGAUCCUUGCUACAAGUACUGCCAGACAUCGAACGUUCCUGUCAGGUUCAGUUCGACGAAUCCCGUACUGCCUAGGUAGUAGUGGCCAGGCCUGCUGGUGGCUUUCUGUCCCGCCCACGUGGCGCAACCCCGAUCCUUACAGCAGAUCAUCAGCAAUGACAAGAACCGCAUGGCGGACAAUCUGACUUUGCUAUCUCAAAUUACUGGUACUCAGCCACGGUACACGGAGCCGUUUAUCAUGCCAAGAAUAAAACGAGCCAGUCUGUGGCAGCCCAUAACCAGAGCACAGACCACUAUCAGGUCAACACUCCCGCCCGUGGCAAUAUUAUUGCGUUAGGCUCCCAACGCCCGGAGAGGAGCGGAGUGCGAAAAGCAGCCCAUCCGCCAGAAGUAGAAUCAAACCGCGCGCACUAUUCAGGAGGUUGGUCUAGGCCUCGAUUGAAUCUCGACUUCACCUUCCCCAGACUGCAGUCGAAAGGUCUCUGAACAAGCGACUUGGCGCCCGUUGCCGGUCUUUCCCGCACACACCCUUUACAACGUUGUACAACAAUCUUCGUGGCUCCAGUGGUGCAGCUCCGAUUCGGCUGCACGGAUUGUCGAGCUAAGCCCUGUGCUGCGUCAUCGGGAUCGAUCGAAAGGAGGCCCGAUUCCUGAUAUGCGGACCUCUUAAUCCUGCGCCAAAUAUGGAGGUUAUUCGAUUUCCCAUCCAAAUGCAGCGAUAUGGAUUUCCCAAGCGAAGUCUCUCGUGAUAGGCUCAGUAUUUGUCACUACUGCGGACCCAGUGCGAAAGUACCUCAAGCCGAAUACUUAUCCCACCGAGAGCAGCCUUUAACUGCUCCAAACCGGGAGACAACCAUUUCCAGUAUCUCGACUGCUGCAUCGCUUCAGCGAUAUAGCCUUUCUAGGACCGUUGCAGGGACUGUUUUUAUCAAUAAUAAUGGGAUUGGGUUUCCGCGGAGAGCAUGACGAAGACGAGAAUUCCAGGGGUAGACACCACUGCAGAUGGUCUGAGCGGCCCCCAAGUCAAACCCGUAAGCGUGGACAGCGUCUGUGCACCGCUAUCUAGUGAACUUUGGUAGGUCUUGUAUGGAUCCCAAAAACUGCCGCGGGCUUGACGUUUGUUAUUCUCGAAAUGAUCCCUUUUUGGGUCGUUUGGGCACUGCGAAAGUGGUUUUCGGUUUUUACAUCACCGCCACCCACAUCCUGAGAAGCAGAGUUCUGUAAAGCCACUGGGGAUCGCAUAGCGCUGUCCAUCAAUCAACACGAGCCGUUACCGUGCUAUAUGACUGUCAAGAUAUCCCUUGCUCCAGGAUCGACAUCAAUCCCCUUGCAUGACCACUGGAUAACGUGACUCUCCCUCGACAGCACAAUUUAAGUUCGCCUUGGAGACUACCCACGUGUUAUCAUCCCUCGACCAUUCUCCGUGUGAUUGUGCUGAAAACACAUAACAAGCAUUCAUUGCCGCCGUGUCGGGAAGGACAUGUCGACCCUGCAGGUUUUGAUCGUGGGUGGCAGUAUCGGUGGGCUGGCGACCGCUCUUGCAUUACGGUCACAGGGACAUCAUGUCAAGAUAUACGAACAGACAGGCGUUCCCAACAGCGUUGGGGCGGGAAUCACUGUCUAUCCCAAUGCAUUAUCCGCACUUCAGGCGUUGGGUGUCGACUUGGCACAAGUCCGUGCAACCAGAGUCCAGGAACUGAUCAGAUUACGGAUGGAAGAAGAUGGCACCACCCAAAGCGACACGUUUGAGCUAGACGAGCACACUUGGCCCUGGCACAACACGACAUACCAAGACUUGUGUGCGUCACUCUGGAACGCUCUCCAAGAGACCAAAAGCGGUUGUCCUAAGAUCGAGUAUUAUACCGGGCGCCCCGUGUAUCGAGUCGAUCCAGCCAAGGGAAUCGUCUACUUUGUGGACGGGUCUGAAGUGCAGGGAGAUGUGAUCAUCGGUGCGGACGGCGUGCAUUCGAUUUGCAGGUCCUUUGUGUUCAGUGGUAAGACUGAGAGAUUUCGGUUGAAGCGACACGUUUUCCGAGCCCAAAUCCCGCGCGAGGCGCUGGCAGACGACUCGCGGACAUGCCAGUUCGUCAAGCAACCCGGUCAACUGCACGCUUACCAUCAUAAAGACAAGAGUCUGCUGGUCUAUCCAGCAUCGGACGGUCAAGUCAUCUGCAUCAAACUGUUGUACGACGAUCGAAUGGCGAUCCGGAACCUCAGCAAAGACUGGAGAGACCCGGCAAGCAAGACGAAACUGAUGCGGCUUGCCGAAGGAUUUCCCGAAGAAUGCUUUGCCCUUCUCCAAAGGAUCCGCGACCGAGACCUGCUGGACCAGCCGAUCUGGGACAUGGACCCGUUGGCCACUUUCCAAUGCCACCGGCUAGCCCUGGUGGGUGACGCAGCGCAUCCCAUGCCGCCGUAUUGCGGCCAGCGGAUUGCCAUGGCUUUGGAAGACGCGCUCGCUUUGGGAGUUGUCCUGGAACCCGGCCUCUCGCCGAGCGAGGUUGAGGAUCGCCUGAAGCUCUAUUCGCGCACCCGGAAAGUGCGUGCUGAAGCUAUACAGGAGACGAUUCGGGGGUUGGAAGAGAUCAGCAUCUGUGACAUUUUGAACAAUUUCGAUCCCUCCCCGUUCCGCCACUAUAUCCUCGAUCAUGACGAACAAGCCCAUACCAGGCAAGCGUUGAUCGCGUGGAAGAAACAGCAUUGCGUCGCGGUGUUCAACAUCCCCCUUGAAAGCACGGAAAGCGCGGAGACUCGCAGACCAAGCGCCGUGGGAUCGAUACUGUCCUUCAAGAGACACCAUCCAAGUGAGGGAUUGCCGCCGAGAAAGUGGUGGUCGGUCAGGAUGAAGGCGCCCAAACCUUGGUCACGAGUAUUUGGCUGAAGUGCUGGAUAAGGGGGAUGAUAAUCUGAGGAUCCGCAGGCCUCCAAAGUCGUCAGCAUGGCCGCCGAGGCGAAAAAAGGAUAAGUUGUGACAUGUGGGCUGCAGUGACAGACUGCGAAAAUGAUAGAUGGCUGAUAUGGUUUGACUUCACGGAUUGGUUAGAGCGCUGGAGUUGGGGAAGAGGGCAACGACACAGCGCAAUGAGCGUGUUGUUGGUGUUAGGACAAAACAAAAGAUAGGUAUAGAUACCCAGGCGCAUGAUCAUGGAUGGGUAGUACCUAGGUAUUGGAGUUUACAAUGUUCCCUAGAACAGACCACGCUUAUCUGAUUCGAUAUAAUCCCAUCAAGACUUUUCAAACUCGGA